CAGUGAAAACCGGUUACCCAGGAUCCAGGAAAAGUGGAAAACAAACGGUGAAGUAGUUUGUGACUGUGUUUGGAUUUGGAAGAUUAAGGGCACAGUUUUCGAAAAAGAGAUGCAUGGUGGCUCUCCUGCCCCCUGACAGUCAGAUAGCCAUACUCCAUCUCCAUCACUCCAUGGAUGGGCCUGACGAAGAACAGCAGCAGGUUUCGUCGAACUCCAUCAAGAGCUGGGCCAAGCAGAUUGAGGAGAGCUAUCAGCUUCAGCUCCAGCUGGCACUUCGCCUCUCUUCGCAGUCUGCUUCUUCCGACAAUCCCAAUUUCCUUGACUUGCAACCCACCUCUUCCGAUUCGGCCCAGGCAAUGUCGCAUCGUUUUUGGGUAAAUGGUUGUUUGCAAUACUCGGACAAAAUUCUCGAUGGCUUCUACCUAAUCCAUGGGGUGGAUGCUUACACAUGGUCGAUAAGUUCUGAUCUGCAGGAUGUUGGUAUAAUUCCUUCAUUUGAAUCACUGAUGUCAGUAGAACCUUGCGAUGACUCGUCAAUUGUAGUGGUUGCUAUUGAUAAAUCCAAAGAUCCUGGUUUGAGAGACCUGCAAAGUAGAGUAGUCAGUCUUUCAAGUAGCUGGAAUUCUCCAAAAUUUGCAGCUGUUCAGGUUGCAAAUCUUGUUUAUAGUAGGAUGGGUGGUGGACGUUCAACUAAGGAAAAUUUAGGCUCACAGUGGAAGGAGUGCGCCCAAAAACUAAAGAGCUGCCUGAAUUCUGUCAUUCUUCCGAUUGGAAGCUUAGCUGUUGGUCUUUGUGUUCACCGAGCAUUGCUGUUUAAAGUGUUAGCUGACUUAAUUGACUUACCAUGCCGAAUUGCUAAGGGAUGCAAGUAUUGUAGCAGGGAUGUUGGCGCUUCAUGCAUAGUGCAAUUUGAUUCUGACAGGGAGUAUAUGAUUGAUUUAGUUGAAAGGCCUGGGUCAAUGUGCCAGCCUGACUCUUUGCUGAACUCUGCAUCAUCAAUGGUGGUCUCUUCACCAUUAUGUCACCCAAAGUUCAAGACAGUUGAAGCAGCUGAAUAUACUAAGACAUUAGCCCAAUUAUUUUUCUUGGACAGUCAAGGAUUGCACCAUAUAUUUGAUACAACAUCAGGUGGUAAAAUUAAUCUUAGUGACAGAAUGGAUGUAAAAGAAACUAGAACUUCUAGUGCACACUAUGCCCAUGGGAAUGACCACCUAGUUGCAUCGGGUCUUAGUGCAGAUGACUACGUUUCCGUUACUGAAACAAACCCGUCUGUAGUUGAUCUUGGUGUGGAGGACCUAGAUAUAACAUGGAGUGAACUUGUUCUGAAGGAGAACAUUGGGGCAGGGUCAUUUGGAACUGUCAUUCGUGCAGAUUGGCGUGGUUCUGAUGUUGCUGUGAAGAUUCUUAAGGUGCAAGAUUUUGAUUCUGAGCGAAUAGAAGAGUUUCUGAAGGAGGUCUCCCUAAUGAAGCGCAUGCGGCACCCAAACAUUGUACUUCUGAUGGGUGCAGUAUUUCAACCCCCAAGGUUAUCUAUAGUAACAGAAUAUUUAUCAAGAGGCAGCUUGUAUGAACUUCUGCGCAUGCCUGGUGUUGGAAUAUCACUCAGUGAGAUGCGUCGUUUAAGCAUGGCUUAUGAUGUGGCAAGUGGAAUGAAUUAUCUCCAUCAAAUGAGACCUCCCAUUGUUCAUGGAGAUUUGAAGUCCCCAAAUCUUUUGGUUGACAAUACAUACACUGUCAAGAGAGUGCUCUUGCUGAUUGGAUACUUUUAAAGCUGUGAGCCAGCAUUAAUUGUGGCGAGAAAGGAUCUAUUCUGAGACUUGAGGGAUCACACAUACCAACAUUUGAGCAUUCAUUUCCCAUCUCUUGAUGUGCUGGGGCGUAUGGUAGACUCGCAACAAAAGAUGAUAAUAUUUUUUGCAGGAUAAUACAACAUAAGCUUCAAAUAACAACGAAUCAGAAACUAAUGUUACAUUAGCUCCUGUGUCAUCUCCAACCAACACAAAACUAUCCAUCAGGAUCCUUCUAAGCUGACUGGACUAGGUUUACUUGCAGGAUUUUGACAUGGCUGGACUCUCCCAUUUUUUUUCUUUUCCUAAGUAACACCUGUUUACUUUUACAUUGCUAGACACGGAGUUGGUUCCUUGUUUGCUCACUACCUCAUUUUAAUCGCGGUAGAUGUUUUCUCUCAUACUACGGAGAAUUUUAAAUACUCUCUACUUCCCCAGACAGCCUCUUCUCCUGCAUGAGUAGUGAUGUUGAUGGAGAGUUUCAAUUCCUUAAUAGUCUUUACCGUGUCUGUAACUGUUAAUGAUCUAAGACCUUUCUUAGAUUCAAUGGUUCCAGUUCCUCACUCCAGAUGCAAACCAGCAGGCUGAAACUCAAAUUAUUUGAACUCCAAGAAGGGUCACAUAGCUACAAUAGGGUUGCACCAACCCUCUCAGAGAACUCAAGUGGUUGACGAAUUCUCGCAAUCCAAUUUUACUCCACCAUACUGAUCAGCCACCUAUAGUUGCCAUCUCUCUUAAACUUUUGUGAUGCCAAUUACAUUUUUAUUACUUUACAUCUAUGCUAGGACAGUAUACUCGCUGUUAUUCUCCUCUCUCUCUCUCUCUCUCUCACACACACACACACAUUAAUUCAAGCAAGAAUUUGAGUAUACACCCCAAUCCUUGUCAUAAUACUAAAUGAAUGAAAGGGCAUCUAGCUGUUCCCCUGUUGGCACUUAAAAACAAACUUAGCUGUUCCCCUGUUGGCACUUAAAAACAAACUUACACUUGGAUGGUGCAGGAACCUAAUAAUUAAUGUUAUUCACCCGUUGUAACAAUGACGAAGUCCAAAUGCUCAAACUUAUGAAUAAAAUGUAUCUAUUGACAUUCACUUUU